AUGGCCAUGGCAGAACGCGCCAAGCCAUCAUCAUCGUCCAGGAAGAAGACAUCCCUCCUCUUCCAGGGCGACGUGUCGGCAGAAUCCAGUCCAUUGCCCGAAAACACAACCCCCGCCGACCUGACGAACUUCUUUCACGACGCUGAUUCACGGCUUGCAUUUGCCAGUGGGGGAGAUCCUAGCAGCGCGGAAGAGCUCGAAUUAACACCAGAGUGGGAGUCAAGAUGGAAGCAAUGUUGUAAUCGCUGGUAUGGCUCCGCCUUCUUGCCGCAGAGAGGGGAUUGUGUGUUCGAGUGUCAAGAGUUCUCCUCUUUUCCCGGUCUCACAGUGUGCACCACAGUCUACGCUGGCUUCAAGACCAUGCAAACCAAAGGGGUCCCUGGAUGUUGUUUCCUAGUCAUUGGUCAAAAGCAGACGGCCAAAGGCUUGCCUCCGAUUGUGUGGGUCUUCAACCAGCUCAUGGGCAAGAAGACAACAAAGAAGAAGGAAAGCAAUAACAACAACGAGAAUGACAUGGAAGCCGUUCUGGAUCCAUGGGGUCCCAUCAAGAGUUUCUAUUCGGUUGAAAAACAAUCCACUACAGGGCGUUGGGUAUUUCGAUUGCACUCGAGUAUGCAAAUGCAAAUCGAGUUUCCUUCUAGGCUUUUGAAGAUUUUGCCAUCUUCCAAGGCACGUGUCGAAGCCCAGGGCAGUGCAGGGAUUACCAAAACCAUUGCCAAGGCCGGGCAAAAAGGAGUGACAUCAGUCCGUGAAGCUUUUGUCAAGCAUCAAAGCCAGCAGCAGGAACUGGAAGCGGCAGUCAAUGAGAGGAGAUCGCGAAGGCGGAUUGGAUUUGGGGGAGUGGGCUUGUUGCCUAUUGCUUACUAG